CUUUGUCUGUAAUACAUUAAUUCAACAUUUGAAAUUUGUUUGGUUGUGUAUCGUACAUACAGUGUCAAAACAGUAAUCUUAUCUUUUCUAUCAGCUGUUGUACGUUUACUUUAAGUCGAUCUGUGGAAUACAGUGUAUCCUCGCGGCAAAGAGAAAAUAAGCUGCUAAUAGUCUGGCACAGGAUAUAACAUUGUAAAUAUUUCUAUAAGUUAAGGCAUUGUGACUGUGACAUUUCAAAAGAUUCGAAACCAUUAGUCGUCAAUGUCUUGGAGUUUGUCAAGGAUGGCUCGAUACGUUUUUCAAUCGAAAUACCUACAACAAUUAAAAGAGAAUGACGAGCUUUGCUACAAUGUCUUUGAGAAGUCGAGUUUUCUUAUGUUCUCAAGAGACAGGCCACUACUUACAGUGAAAAUGGCUCCAGAAUCUGCUAUGGUGUGGACACCAUUUUCAGAAACGAUCGAUUAUUGCAAGGACUUAAAGAAGACAUCGGUUCUAUUGACUAUCGACGAAUCAACUGAAGAUACACCGAUAUUCGCUUGCAGAAUAGACGAUCCAAAUCAGGGCGAGAUGAUUGGCAAAAAAUUUGAUGGCAAUUUUACCGACAUGAGAUCGGCUAUAUUCACAUUACCAGAAGAACAGUCCAAUCUUGUAUCAAGGGCAUUCACGCUUUUGAACUGGAAUCAAAAAAUGAACUUUUGUCCGAGUUGUGCCAGCCCUUUGAAAAGAAACGCGUCUGGUACGGUUCGAAUGUGUACCAAACCAUGUGAUCCUCGAAAAGUUAACAACUAUCCACCAACAUUUCCAGUGGCAAUUACGAGAGUAACGGAUCAAAGUGACGAAAAAACAUUGUUAGUCCGCCAACCUCAGUAUCCGAGAGGAAUGUAUACAUGCAUCUCCGGCUUCAUGGAGCCAGGGGAAACACUUGAAGAUUCAGUACGCAGGGAAAUAGCAGAAGAAGCUGGCAUUGUAGUCGAAAAUGUUAAAUAUUUUCAAUCGCAAUCCUGGCCGCUACCCCAAAAUUCGCUUAUGUUGGGCUGCACGGCUGUAGCUAUGCCAGAUUCGGAGAAAUUGAGUAUAGACGAGAAUGAACUGGAAGGAGCCAAAUGGUUCAGUAAAGCUGAGGUAAAAGCUGGAUUAGUCCGUAUACAGGAGAAUCCCUUUCUUUUAAUAAAGAAUUCGAGUGGGGACUUUAUUCCUCCUCCGAAAGGUGCUCUUGCUCAUCAGCUUUUACAGAACUGGGUGUCAAAUUAUUACACGUUCAAUAGGUGGUAUGAUUUGCAUUGGAGCAAACUUUAAAGUAAUUUUUUGUUAAUACAACCGACUAUAAGUUUAUCAAAUGGAAUAAAGGGAUGGUAAAGUUAUCGG